ACGCUGCGCCUGAACGUACGACGGCUGAUCUGAACCGGAAUCGAGCGGCCAUACUGGCACACUGUAUCUUGGACGCCACUCGACUCGUGCAACAAACAAACAAACAAGAAACAAAGUGCAACACACAGUUCCAGGCAAAUAAGCUGCGGCGUGUGCCCACGAUUCCCUAUUAACAGCUGCCACUGCAACUUUUGAACGAUAUAUUGGAUGGCAUAUCCGUAGAUCCCGCGAUUUUCAACUCAGUUUCGAAAAACCCAGUUCGGCGUUUUUGGCGCGAUGCGAUCGAUUCCUCUCGAGUCUUGAGAUCUUAAGUGCGUGGGUGAUAACCAUCUGUCAGAUACUCAUUGUUACCCAUAGGUACUCAUGAAUACUUUGAAUACAGUGCUAGUUUGUGAUAAGAAUUAAGAAAUAAACGUAAAAACAAAACGACCAAUAAGAAAGUGCUUGAAAAACAGGAUUCAAGAAAAUCAGCUCAAGAGAGUAAAAAGAUCAUCUUCGAUAUUGCCUGCUGUUUGAGAAACUCUAUAUUACGGAGUGGCCCAGGAUGCGAGCGGGUCAGUGACACGUGACAUGGCCGAGGGCUGCGAGGACUCCGCCGGUGCCGCUGAAUCCACGACGUCACAGUCACAGUACACAACGCUAGACAAGAUGCUCGGCACGGUGCUGCCAUGUGAGGCGGCCAUUGGGGCGACACCCGGCGGCAGCGGCAGCAGCAGCAGCAGCAGCAACACCGGCAACACCAGCAACAACGGCAGCAACAUCGUGAAGCGGGAGUUCUGCGAUGGCAGCCUGAUGCCUGGUGCCGGGGCAAGUGUCAACAAUAACAAUGCCAGCGCCACCAACAAUAACAAUAACAACAACAACAGCAGUAGCAACAACAAUAACAAUACCAAAAUGCAGGCAAUGAUAUGCAACAAGGGCAGCAGCAGCACCACCAACAACAACAGCAGCAGCAGCUCCUCCUCGUCGUCGUCCUGCUCCUCCUCCUCGUCAUCCUCCAGCUCGGCCACCAGCACCCUGACCAGCUGCACCACCGCCGCCGUGGUGCCCUCCAACUGCUCCACGAAUGCCAACAAGUCGCCGGUCUCCCCCUACUCGCAGAGCCUGGGCAUGGCCAUCGGCAUCGGGGCGGGGGCGGGCAGCAGUCCGCUCCGGGAGGCCAGUCCGCUGCCCAGCAGCCGCUCGCCGCUGAACGCCAUCGCCACCGCCAUGAUUGCCGCCAAGUCGCCGUGCAGCGGAGCAGCGCCUGCCUCGCCGCCGUCGGCCUCCUCCAACAGCUCGUCGCACGUCCUGGCGCUCAACAUCAAAACCGAGUCGGAUUUCGACAAGGAGAUCAGCUGCCACAAGAUUCACUCGCCCAGCAGCAGCAGCCACGCCCACUCCCUGCACCACCACCACCACCAUCAUCCCCACCACAGCAGCAGCAGCAACAACAACGACGAUGAAAUGGAGAUCACGGACGGCCACGCCCUCCUCUCGCCCCCGCCGCCCUCGCACUCGCACUCCCCGUUCGACAGCAAGGAUCACGUCAAGGAGCUGGAGUUCUACAAGAAUCUGGCGGCCAAGGCCGCCUCCCUGGCCAACCAGCACUCCCCGCCGCCCCUGCCCCUGCCCCUCCCGCUGCCCAUGCAGAUUGACGGCGAGGAGGACGAGGUGGAGGGAGAGGGCGAGGCGGAGGUGGAGGAGCAGGCGGCGGAGGUCCUGCGGCUGCGGAGGGAGGAGCAGGCCCAGGCCAAGGCGUUUGCGGCCCAUCUGAACGGAACUAUGCAAGACAUGAUAAAUUUGCAAAAAUUACAAAAUUUGGCCACGCUACAGCAGCAGCAGCAACAUCCGCAUCCGCAUCAUGGGCAUCAUCAUCAGCACCAGCACCAGCAUCACCAUCCCGCCACGGCCGCUGCACUGGCAAGUCUUCAGGGAUUAGCCGCCUCGGUGUUCAACUCGCCGUUGAACCUCAGCGUGGGCGGUGAGCCCGCAGCCACCGCCGGAGCAGCCGUGGCGCCCUCCUCGCCCACCCACAACGGGGGCGGUAAGAGCAAGACGGCCAAGGGCGGCAGUUCGGGCAACAACUCCGGCGGAUCGGCCACCAACUCCGGCUCCAGCUCCGCCCAGCAGCAGCAGCAGCAGCCGGAUAAUCCCAGCAGCAGCAGCUCGCCCCACCACCCCCUCAGCGCCGCCUCGCUGGCCAAUGUCCUUGCGGCGGCCACCGCCUCGCCCCCGCCCACUUUACAGGCGCCGCCGGCGAGCGCCCAGAUGCCCCAGCUGAUUCUCGCCUCGGGGCAGCUGGUGCAGGGCGUCCAGGGAGCCCAGCUGCUCAUACCCACGGCCCAAGGCAUUGCAGUUCAGACCAUCCUCACGAUUCCGGUGAGUCCGCAGAUCCCCACCACGGAGCAGUUUCUGCCCAACGCCUUCGGCGCCUUUGCGAGCUACCAGCAACAACAGCAGCAGCAGCAUCGCGAGCAGCAGAGGGACCUGUUACCGCCCUCACUGGCCGCCCUGCAACAUGCCAGCGCCCUGCCCCAACUGGCCCAGACACCCACGAAUUUACUCAAGCCCAAUCUGUUCUCGACGGGCGUGCAGCAGUUGCUAACCGCGUUGCAUCCGGAGCUCUUUGCUGCGGCUGCAGCAACUCACCAGCAGCAGCAGCAACAACAGCAGCAGCAUCAGGUGCAGCAACAUCAGCGGGAAAGGGAGAGGGAGCGGGAACGGGAUCAGCACCUGGGCAUUGGUCACCUGCCGCACUCCCACCUGGCCGCCGACCUGCGGCGCUCAGCGGAGCGAUCUCCGACGGCGGGCUCCCCCACGGGCGGAAGUCCCGGACUGCCCGCUAAGGGACCUCAGCCGCCUCCCCCGCACGGAGCCGCCUUUCUGCUGCAGCAGCAGCUGCACAUAAAGCCCGAGACGCAGACGCACCUGCACCACCACCUGCAGCCGCAAUCCGCCUCGGCGGUCUCCUCCUCGCUGCCGCAGAUAAGCCUGCGGCAUCCGGACGAGCUGACCGCCCCGCAGAUGGAGCUCAAGCCGCUGGAGCUGAGUGCCAGCAGCUCGCCGCCGGCACCGCCUCCGCGUCACCACUUCGGGCACAGUCUGCGGGGAUCCUCGACGGUGUCGCCCAAGCACAGUCCGCAGGGCAGGAUGGGCGGAAGCGGUGUUCCCUCGGCCACCGGCAUGAAUCUCAGCCAGCACCACGAGCGGCACGAUCGUCUCGAGCGGCACGAUCGCCUGGAGCGACUGGAGCGUCAGGAGCGGCACGAGCGGCGCUCGCACACUCCCACGGCGACGGCCACCAGGGCCAGCGUUUCGUCCAGUUCGGGCGGUGGUCACCACGGCGGCAGCCUGCCCCCCGGACGACUCUCGCCGCCUAGCUCCGCCCCCUCGAGCUCGGCGGCCAACAGCAUCAGCGACAGAGGCUACACUUCCCCGCUGUUCCGCACCCACUCCCCCCAGGGCCACCCCCUCUCGCUGGGCGGCUCGCCGCGGCUGGAGCGGGACUACCUGGGCAACGGACCCAGUUCCGGAGUAGCCACCUCGACCAGCAGUUGUGGAGCGCCCACGGCGGCGGGAUCCAGUGCGACGGCCAACGUACUUAGCAGCAUCAACAGACUCAAUGCCUCCAAUGGCGAGCUCACCAUCACGAAAUCCCUGGGAGCUCCUACGGCCACCGCCACGAGGGCCUCCUCCGCCUCGCCGCGGGAUGACUCCCCGGGUCCGGGUCCCUCCACCUCGAGUGUUUCCCACAUGCAGCCCCUCAAACUGAGUCCCUCGUCCAGAAGCGAACCGCCGCACCUGUCGCCCAAUGGAAACGACAAUGACAACGACCUGCUCAUGGAUUCUCCGAAUGAACCCACCAUCAACCAGGCCACCACCAAUGUGGUGGACGGCAUCGACCUGGACGAGAUCAAGGAGUUCGCCAAGGCCUUCAAGCUGCGGCGCCUGUCGCUGGGACUCACCCAAACCCAGGUGGGCCAGGCCUUAUCGGUGACCGAGGGACCCGCCUACAGCCAGAGCGCCAUUUGCAGCAGUGCACUCGCUGCGCAGAUGUACGCCGCUCAACUGUCGACGCAGCAGCAGAACAUGUUCGAGAAGCUGGACAUCACACCAAAGAGCGCACAGAAGAUCAAGCCUGUGCUGGAGCGCUGGAUGAAGGAGGCCGAAGAGAGCCACUGGAACCGCUACAAGUCGGGCCAGAACCACCUUACCGACUACAUAGGCGUGGAGCCUUCGAAAAAGCGCAAGCGGCGCACCUCCUUCACGCCCCAGGCUCUGGAGCUGCUGAAUGCGCACUUCGAGCGGAAUACGCAUCCUUCGGGCACCGAAAUCACCGGACUGGCCCACCAGCUGGGAUACGAGCGCGAAGUGAUCCGGAUCUGGUUCUGCAACAAGCGACAGGCCCUCAAGAACACCGUUCGCAUGAUGUCCAAGGGCAUGGUAUAGGGCCAGGGGCCCUUGUAAAUAGCUGGCCCGUGUAUAUAGCUAGGUGUCUAAGUGUGAGUGUGUAUGCGUGCUUGUGUGUGUGUGAGAGAGUGUAUUACAGUGUGAUAGUUGUACAACACCCUAGAGUUUAGCAGUUAGGCCAUGUAAAGUAAUACUGUGUGUCAUAGCAUUUACAAAGGACAUCGGCUUACGCAAGCGAACCACAACCCGAAACCCAAGAACCCAAUCCAAUUGAAUAUCUAGCCAUCUAAGUAAUUACUUAACACUUAUCAUAUCCCAAAUAGCCUAAACGUAGUCUAAAGUCCCCAAGGCAGACUUGUGCAGUUUUAGGCCAAAUUUUAUCACAUUGAUGUGCCAUUCCAAAACAAAAAAAAAACGAAAAAACAAAAAUGAAACCAGUUCAUACCACGUAACAAAUUACUAAAUGUUUAAAAACCAUUUAAACCAAAACUGCAUAAAUUCUAUGCAUGACCCGCAGUCUAAGAAAUUCUGUAGAGCUCGUAAGCGAUGAGUAAAAAUAUUUGCAUUUAAUGCGUUGGCUAAACUUGUAUACUGAAAUGAAUCUGAUUUCAACAAUUUAUAAAACAAAUUAUAACCCUAGUAUUUAGCCAGUUCAGACUCGAAAACUAAGAAAAUUCUAUAUGGUAGCACUCAAAAAGAACAAAAGCAAGCUAUAAAGACAGCAAGUGUUUAGAAUAAGCAACAUUAUGUAGCAACUUAAAAAAUUAUGAUUGAAAAGAACGAAAAAGAACAAAUAUUUCAACUACGAAAUUUAAAUGGUACAUAGCAAGAAAACAGCUACAACUGAACAAAUAUUUAAAUGAUU